AUGGGCAAUGUUGAUGACAGCUUGUGGACAUCGGUACCAACAAUGAACUCUCCUCCAAAGACGAGACGAUGGAACUCAGCUCUAAACGAUUUUCGUAGUUCACUGAAACGGCCGUGGCGUCUUGACACGACCAACGACAACCCGAUAUCUGGAGAUGAAAAGCGGUUGUUACCAUCUUCUGAAAGGUUAUCGCCUCCAGAGCUACCACCGUCUUUUUCCUCCAGUGAUUUGGAUAAGACACCUGAUAUAUUCACCUUUAGAAAUCUUCAAGACAUACAACACAUUGAAGAGAAGGCACAGGAAGCUAUGCUUGUAUUGAAGCUGAACACAGAUGUUCUUGAGCAGCUGAGGCUGCAGUACGAAGAACUCACAAAGCAUGAAGAAUUUCCUCAAGAAACUUUCAUGAGCACCGAUAUCCUCAAAUUCCAAAAUGGCGAACAAGAACUACAAAUACAGGGUCUGAAGCUAUACUUGAAGGUUGCCCUGCCUGCGACAGCAAUGACCUUUAUCGCGUGGUACGUCAUCUAUUGCUUGGCUAGAAGAGAAACUAGACAGAAUGAUCGGUCCGAAGCAGCUGGUGAGGCUUGA